CCCGCCGACUCUUUAGAACGUUCAGUCGCAGUCGCCGCAUUCGAAGCAGAGAAUCUCUGAGCUCCUCGAAGUUCCGCGCUCCCGGGAACUGCGCCGCUGGUUUAGCAUCGUCCUUUCGUAAUAGCCAGGCAAGAUGAGGGAAAUCGUGCACAUUCAAGCUGGGCAAUGUGGUAAUCAAAUCGGUGCUAAGUUUUGGGAGGUGAUUAGUGAUGAACAUGGGAUUGACCCCACUGGAACUUACCAUGGUGACAGUGAUUUGCAGCUGGACCGCAUCAGUGUUUACUACAAUGAGGCCACCGGUGGUAAAUAUGUCCCUCGCGCCAUCUUGGUUGAUUUGGAGCCUGGAACCAUGGACUCCGUGAGGUCUGGGCCUUUUGGCCAGAUCUUCCGACCAGACAACUUUGUAUUUGGCCAGAGUGGAGCUGGUAACAACUGGGCCAAAGGUCACUAUACAGAAGGUGCUGAGCUGGUUGAUUCAGUCCUGGAUGUAGUGAGGAAGGAAGCGGAGAGCUGUGAUUGUCUGCAGGGUUUCCAGCUGACCCACUCUCUGGGUGGUGGAACCGGUUCUGGGAUGGGCACCUUACUGAUCAGCAAGAUCCGUGAGGAGUACCCCGACCGCAUCAUGAACACCUUCAGUGUGGUGCCGUCUCCCAAGGUCUCUGACACAGUGGUGGAGCCAUACAACGCCACACUCUCAGUACACCAGCUGGUGGAGAACACGGAUGAGACCUACUGCAUUGACAACGAAGCCCUAUAUGACAUCUGCUUCCGCACCCUCAAGCUCACCACUCCCACCUAUGGUGACCUGAACCACCUAGUCUCUGCCACCAUGAGCGGCGUAACAACCUGCCUCCGCUUCCCUGGACAGCUCAAUGCUGACCUCCGCAAGCUGGCGGUCAACAUGGUCCCCUUCCCCCGUCUCCACUUCUUCAUGCCUGGCUUCGCUCCUCUGACCAGCCGUGGCAGCCAACAGUAUCGAGCCCUCACGGUGCCAGAGCUGACACAGCAAGUCUUUGAUGCCAAGAACAUGAUGGCGGCCUGUGACCCCCGCCAUGGGCGCUACCUGACUGUGGCGGCUGUCUUCCGGGGCCGUAUGUCCAUGAAAGAGGUGGAUGAGCAGAUGCUGAACGUGCAGAACAAGAACAGCAGCUACUUCGUAGAGUGGAUCCCCAACAACGUCAAAACAGCCGUGUGUGACAUCCCUCCCCGUGGCCUGAAAAUGGCCGUCACUUUCAUUGGCAACAGCACAGCUAUCCAGGAGCUCUUCAAACGUAUCUCUGAGCAGUUCACCGCCAUGUUCCGCCGCAAAGCCUUCCUCCACUGGUACACAGGUGAGGGCAUGGACGAGAUGGAAUUCACAGAAGCAGAAAGCAACAUGAAUGACCUAGUCUCUGAAUACCAGCAGUACCAGGAUGCCACAGCCGAGGAAGAAGAAGACUUCGGUGAAGAGGCUGAGGAAGAAGCUUGAGGUUCAUCUACCGCCAUUU